AUGAUAAUACUGCAGAGUAUUUUCCCAUCCCUUAUUUACAUUCUACUUUUUUUUUCAUACCUAAAUUUUGAGACUGUUGAAUCUAAGUUAAACAAUUUUGUGAAUGAUGACGAAAAAUUCGUGAAAAACAACUUUGGAAUAUCGAAUCCAUCAGAAAAUGGAAAAGACAUUUCUUCAAAUAAUGGAAUUAAUAAUGAUGACAAUUCGAAUGAUAAGAAAGAAAAUCAUGAGAAGCCAAACUUCUCCAUAAAUGAAAAGAAAAAGGAGGAGAAGGAAGAGGAAGAACAGAACGAAAAUGAAACAGAAACUUCUCCUUCUGACGAAUCAGGAAAUAAUGAAAAUUCCCAAGAUGAAUCUAUCAUUGAUGAAACUCCAAAUGGUGAUGUAGAAAUAAGAUUCGCAGCAAAUGAAAUAAAUGAGAGUAACAAUGAUAAAAACAUGGAGGAUGAAGUAGAUGUAGAUUCAGGAAAGAUCCAAAAUGAAGAUUCCAAUGAUGUUAGCAAUAGUGAUAAUAAUACUAGCGAUGUCGACAGUGGUGACAACAAUGCCAAGGAUGAUAUAGUGGAAGUAGACACACAGAAGAAGAAGAAAUACCCAGUAACCAUGAUGGAUGCUCCAGUUCUUGGACGCUUUCAUAUGCAUCCGUUACAAAAAAAAAUGAACGUAAACAGAUCUUUGAGUAAUUUAUUUAACCUGUUUGAAAAAACAAAUCCACAAAUAAAGAAUGUGAAUUAUUUUACGAAAGAACUACAAAACGAGUUUUCUUUUAAAAAUGGAUUAUAUUUUACCUCUACCAGUGUAAGAGAAUAUAACAAAAGAGUAGAUGCAAAUAAAUAUUCUUACAUAAAAUUACCAGAAAAUACAAUGAUUCUAGUUGUAACAGGAAAUAAAUUUUUCUUUCAAGAUUUGGUAUACUCACGCAAUAAAUAUAGUGCUAUAAAAAAAAAAUUUUCAUUUUUAAUGAAUACAAUAAUAAAUAAUUUAAAAAAAAAAUACUUUUUUAAAAAUUAUAACUAUCAAUAUUUAUAUAAAGAUGAUUCCUUUGCAUAUGACAAAAGUAAGAGAUUAUUAGACAUGGAACUAUUAGGAGAAUUAUCACAAGCUACGCAAACAAUCAUAGUAGAUGAAGAAAAACGAAAGAGAGUAACCAUGCAUAAAAUAUAUGGAGGAUGGUUCGAUUUCUUAGGAAUUGUAGUUGUCAAUGGGUAUGAUAUUACACAACUUGAAACUGUAGAAGAUUAUUCCAAAAAGACAGACAAAUUAGAUGUUAUUCCUAAACAUUUAAUGAAAGAAUUUAAACAACUUGUAAAUAAAAAACAUGAGGGAUAUGACAAUGGUUAUGUCGUAGGUUUGUGGAGAGAUUUUCCAAAUAAUAAAUUUGUCCCAUGGAGAUAUUCAGUUGAGUUGUUUCUAUGGGAUUUGUUGAACGUGCUACCCCACGAGUUACCACACCCAGCCAACUUGAUAAUGACAUAUAACGCCAAUAGUGAAGAUGCGGUAGAAGCGGUAGAAGCGGUAGAUGCGGUAGAAGCGACAGAAGCCGUAGAAGAGACAGAUGCAGAAGCUGGAAAGAAUGCUAACCAAAACGAAGAAACCAACACGAAGAGCGCCUCUAACGCCGCUGAAGGAAAAACGAAACGCACGAGGAAUGAAAUCCUGAAUUGGCACUUAGCUAUUCAGGAAAAAAUUUCAUCAUACCCAGGAUUUGAAGUAAAACUUGUUGCAGCCAAUGAUUACUUGAAAGCAAUUGGAUACAGCAAUGACUUAUUUGCUAGAUACUUCAACGCGAAAAAUGGAAAUACUUAUAUUUUUUUAAUAUUACUAAACAAGGACUUUUUCGUGGAUGAAAUUAUGCAAAAUGGAUCGAAUCAUUCUGACUAUGUUCAGGCAAAACAGGACUAUUUUAAUAAAAGAAUACAUGAAAUAUUAGAAGGACUGAAAAAACUUUUGCAAGAAUUAGAAGACGAAUUAUUCCCAGAUGAAGAAAAAAAUAAACCAGUUGUUACCUUUUACAAUUAUCUCGAAGAUGAAACAAAUUAUGAUAAAUUAAAUCCACAUAUUUUAGGAGAAAUCGCAGGAAUUACCAAACAUUUGAAAUGCGGAAAAAAAACAAACAAUGAUGAUGGUAGAUGCACAAAGGACAUAUCAAUGCAUUACAAAUAUGGUGGAUGGUUCGAAUUCGGAGGUGCUAUACAUGUCAAGAAUGUCAACUUUUUACCUACGAAAUAUGAAAAACAUGGUGAUUUUAUUAAAAAGGAGUAUGAAAAUGCUAUUUUAACACAAGCCAAUUGUAACUGCCAGAGUGCAGGACUCUGGAAAGAUCUACCUGCACAGGACAUGUCACCCUACAGAUACCCAAUCCAGGUAUUUGCAUUAGAAAAUCCGCAAUUUAAUCUUCUCAAUUUUAAGGAGACGCAUCCGUUCAUUGUAAUGGACAUUAUCAACAAGGGCUUACAAGCGUUGAAAGUUCAAUCAGAACAGCAGAAUGGAACAUUCGACAAUCGAAGUGAGCAAGCAAGUGAGGAAGCAAGCGGUUUAGCAGGCGAUGAAUCAAACAGUAAUAAUAAUCUGGUGCUAGCUAGCCAAACCAAGUUUAAUCUCAUGGCCAGAGAAUGCAUAGAAAAAGGGGACAUAAAAAAUCAACCAGUUGAAAAUACAGAAACAGCCACGGAUGCCGAAGAAACAGAACAAAAGAACCCCUCGCAUGUACAUUUAAAUGAUGACGCAUCAGAAGUAGAAACAGUAAGUAAUAAUAGUGAUAAUACAAGCGAUAAUGAAGAACAGGCAAUUGAUGAAAAUGAAUUUAUUUAUGAAAACGUUGAAUCAGAUGCAAGCACUAUUGAUGAAGAAAGAGAAUACACAGAUGACAAAUAUAAUGAAGAAGAUAUUGACAAGAAUGAUUAUAUACUGAUAAAUGAAACCACUUCCACAAAACCAGCAACAGAAGCUGAAGCAGAAGCUGAAGCGGAUGCAACAACAACCCAACAACCACUUGCUCAACCAGAAUAUGAAGCUGAUCCAAGUGCAAUUGAACAAUUAAAUAAUAAUGCGGAUGAUAAUAAUAAUACUAUCACACGUAAAGAAGAAGGGAACAAACACGAAAGCAUACUAUUCAGAGAUAUUACAAAAAAUCUAGGAAUCAGUGAAAUAACUGGAGACAGAAAGAAGGAUGGCAGUAGUGAUGUAUUGAAAGCUGGACAUUUUGACAUUAGUGAAGGUCUUCGAGCAGUAACUAAUCUUGUUAAUAAACAUCUUGGAAAAGGAAAAAGAAAAGGAAAUAGUCCGAAUGAAAAUGACGACGACGAUGAUGAUGAUGAUGAUGAUGACGAUGACGAUGAUGACGAUGAUGACGAUGAUGACGAUGAUGAUGAUGAUGAAGUCCACAGUGAUGGAAACGAUGGUAAACACAACAAUGAUGGUAAUAAUGAUGAUGGUGACAAUGAUGAUGGUGAAAACAGUUAUGUCACACGUGAUUAUAUCAAGAAACACGCAUUCAAUUCACACGUCGACUCGGACAUGAAAUUCAAACUAUACGUAUUUAUUGUCGUAUGUAUAGUCUUUAUCUGUAUCACUCUACUUAUCAGCAUAUCUAUAAGAUUAUACCAUACACUUGCCAAUAGGAAAAUUGUUGAUAUGAACAGAACGGUUCUUGCCUUCAAGGAUCGUGAAGAUAUUCCGGUCGUUCAGGGUAUACCCACUCCAUGGCUAAAUGCCUGA